GUUUAAAAUGGCCAAGAACAAAUGAGGGAGUCUUUGCUCCAUUUCUGAAGUCCUAUACACUUUUUUUCAUAAAUGUACUAGGAAAGAGUCACAUAUUCGAUAGGAGAGAAGCAACUUUCUGAAGCAAAAUCGGACACAGCACUGAAGAGUAAGAGACAGUGAGUUACUUGAUCUAGCAAUAGCAGAAUAUGUCGUCCACCAAGGAAGUGGCAGCGAGACUGCGGGAGGCAUUUAACUCUGGCAAAACUCGCACUGCUGAAUUCCGUCUUAAGCAGCUGAAGGCAAUGCUUAACCUCAUGAAGGAGAAUGAAGGGGCAUUACUAGAGGCACUCAAGAAAGACCUCCGUAAGCCCAACUUUGAAUCAAUUAUCUCAGAAGUCUUGUUCACAAAGAAUGAGAUUGUCUGUGCCAUUAAUAACCUGACGGAGUGGAUGAAGCCAGAAUAUGUAGAAAAGACUUUGGUCACCAAACUGGAUACAUGCUUUAUAAAGAAGGAGCCUUUUGGUGUAGCUUUGAUUAUUGGACCAUGGAACUACCCAAUUCAGCUCGUUCUGACCCCUUUCAUUGGAGCAGUUGCUGCAGGGAAUUGUGCCAUUCUGAAACCUUCAGAAGUGAGUCCGAACUCUUCACAGUUACUUUCGGAACUUCUCCCAAAAUAUUUGGAUAAGGACUGUUUUGCAGUUGUCUGUGGAGGAGUGAAAGAAACUACUGAACUUCUGGAAGAGAAGUUUGACUACAUCUUUUUCACAGGUGGUACACAUGUUGGAAAAAUAAUUAUGACAGCUGCUGCAAAACACCUAACGCCAGUGAGUUUGGAGUUGGGUGGAAAAAACCCUUGCUAUGUGGACAAAAGCUGUGAUAUAAACAACACUGCCCACCGCAUAGCCUGGGCCCGCUUCCUCAAUAUGGGGCAAACCUGCAUUGCCCCUGAUUAUGUCCUUUGUACCAAAGCAGUACGAGAAGAACUUGUCCCUGCUCUUAUUAAUUGCUUGGAGGAGUUUUAUGGGAAAAACCCACAGGAGUCUGAAGAUCUUGGUCGAAUAAUAAAUGAGAAGCAUUUCAAUCGCCUGAAAGCCUUACUCAGCAGUGGCAAAGUGGCAGUUGGUGGGCAAACAGAUGAGAAGGACAAAUACAUUGCUCCUACUGUGCUGGUUGAUGUCAAGGAAACUGACCCAGUCAUGCAAGAAGAGAUAUUUGGGCCCAUUCUUCCAAUAGUUGAUGUGGAGAACAUAGAUGAAGCAAUCGCUUUCAUGAAUCGUCAUGAGAAGCCACUUGCCUUGUAUGUCUACAGCACUGACAAUAAGGUUGUGAAAGAUGUACUGGAGCGAACCAGCAGUGGAGGCUUCUGUUCCAAUGAUUGCAUAAUGCAAAUGACCCUUUUUUCCUUGCCUUUUGGAGGAGUUGGCGAUAGUGGUAUGGGAAUGUACCAUGGUCGUUUCUCUUUUGACACUUUCUCCCACAAGAGAGCAUGCAUGCUGCGUAGUGCUGGAAUGGAGAAGAUCUCAGCCUUACGUUACCCACCAUAUGGAAGCCAUAAUUUGAGCAUGAUUGAGUGGACCAGAGAGAUCAAGGAAAAAGGCAGUGUAUGUUGUAUAAUGUGAAGGGAACUCUGAAGAUACGCUGCUUCCUGAACCAAUACUGCUGUGCCAAAAUUAUGAUGAUGUUGAUGCUAGUGUUAAUGGUGACAGUGAUGUUAAAAUGAGGAAAUGGGACCAGUUAAUAUGUUUCUGUUGUGUGAAAUUACAGUGCAUCUAGUCACUAUCCUUUCAUGCUAACAGUACAAGAGUUUUAUUUUUUUUUAUUUCACACAGCCUGAAUCCUUGAAUACUUUUAAUUACUGCAACUAUGAUUUAAUAAACCUGCACCCCAUUUUUAUGUGGGAUGUGCAUAUUUUGUGAAUUUGA